AUGCGCAUGCCGCAUCUGGACUUCAUCUAUCGGAUCGUCUGCGAUAUGGAUCCGUCUGUGUCCGAGAUACGCAACGUGGCCAACACUGGUACCACGCGGCUUGUAUUGCCCAUUUUGAGCGGUUCGGUGAAAGGGCCCAGAAUCGAAGGCAAGAUAGUGGAGCGCAGCGGCGCAGACUGGGCGGAGCAGGUCAGCCCUGGGAAGGUGUUUUCGAGAUUAAAUGCCCGAUACACACUCCAAACCAACGAUGGAGUGUUUAUCUUGGUCAACGCACGUGGUAUCUAUCGAAGCGGUCCGGGACAGACAGAGAAGUUGACCCCCACGGCGUCUCAGGACGACGUAGAGUACUUCACGCAUAUCAAGUUUGAGGCUCCUGGAGGCAGCCCUUAUGACUGGAUGAAUGGAGUCUUUGCUAUCGGUGUUAUGACGAUGUUUGAGGGGAAGCCAAUCAUUGAUUGCUACCGGUUGACAAAUUUUCCUGGCAAGCCAGCUGAGAAGCUCUAA